AUGCUGUGGAUUCAGAGGAAGAGGAGGAGGAAGAUUAUUGCUGAGUCUGUAGAAGACAACUUUGAGGCACUAGGAUCCCACAAAGCCAAUAAAGAAGACUGGAUCAAAUCUCACUUUAGCCGCCUUUCUGAUGAGAAGCUGGAGGCCAGCAGCCAUGCUGCCUCUGCUUCUCCCCAGCUGGACAGUGGUAGUGGAGAGGCCAGCACCAGGAUCCGAGUGGACACCUUCACCACACGGCAUGGAGAGGGAGGUAGCGCUCUCCACCGGGAAUCCUUCACCAGUAGGCAGCGGACAUCGGGGUCCUCAGUGAGCAAAGAGACCCACAAGGAGUCUGGGAAAUCCUCGUCCACAGAUGAAGCCAUCUGGGCCGCAGUGGCUGCCUGUACCAAGGAGAUUGACUGCAAGGGGAGGCAGCUGGCAAACUCCAUGCUGCAACGAGCCACAGCUUGUCAGCACACAGGCCACCUGGAGGCCAAAGACAUCAACCCGGAGGAGUUGAAGACCCUCGAGGAGGUGGAGUUGAAGCUGAAAGGGGGUUUCCUCACCCAGCAGGAGAACACCAUAGCUGGCAUGAACCAGACACACACCUUCCAGGGCCACAGUCCCUAUGGCCACCAGAGCCACCCGGCUCAUCCAAGCCACCAGAGCCACAGCAUGCCCAACCACAGUCAUUAG